UUGCAUGAGAGUGCAGCGGUUCACACAAAAACAUGCGCAACCAACUUUGAUGUCAAACUAGACCGUCUAACUGCCUAUUAUGCAUUUUACAAACCGCUGUAGGGAAAUAAAGCAGCAGUAGUUAUAGGUGUUCAUAGGCAUACAGUGAGAUUUCAUUCACUCUUUUACUGAUCUGGAGAAUGGACCGACCGUCCAGAAAUAAAAAGGCUGUUAACUACUCAUAUUUCCAAGAUGAUGACGAUGAGGAUUUCGCAUGUGUGAAACCUCCUCCCAAAAAAGCUCGGGUAGUCAUCAAAGACCCUGAUUCAGAGGGAAGCCAAAAAACUACAAGUGCAUCUAAAAAUCGUGUUGUUGUUGAUCUCACUGAGUCAGAAAACAGUAAGAGGGGGUCUCUGGAUGAUAAACUGUAUGAUAGGGAUUUGGAGGCAGCUCUAACAUUGUCAUUGCUAGACUCUUCCAUUAAAGAAGAGGGAGACUUUGCCACCAGUACAGAUGAUCAUGUCAAGUCUGAGCCUUUUCAAAGCUCACCACCUGCUCUAACACACUGCAGUGCUGAUGUCAAAAUUAUAGAUGAAGGUCAGCCAUGUCUAGAUUCCCCUCCUGUUCUGUCAAACUGUAGUGUUGAUGGCAGUAGUUUAGGGUUGAAUAUGAUCAGCAGUAUGCAAGCCUCCCCUCAAAAUGUUCCCAAACAGAUAAAAGCCUCUACGAAAGCAACAGAGCAGCAGAGAAAGCUGCUAAAGGGGGAGAAGGACUGUGGAGAAGAUGAAGACUACCAGCCGCAAAACACACCAGAUUCAGAAAGCGAUGCAGACUUCACCGAGAACGAAGAGAGUGAGGACGAGACGUUCACAGUGAAGAAGAAAAAGGAGAAGACUGUAAAACAAAAAACUGAAAAAAAGAUCCCACAGGCAGCAAAAGACAAGAAAGAAACAAAGGAAAAAAGGCCGGUAAAAGCUUCCAAAGCAAAAAGCACAGCCUCCAUAUCACUGAUUAGUCCAGCUGUUCCUGUGUCUGGACUAAAGAAGACCGCCACUUCUCCACCUCUAUCUAAACCUGCACUCUGCUCCAGUCCUGCAGGGGGCAGAUUGUCAAAGUGGAAUCCACCUGGUCUGGUUGGCAGGAGUCCUGGUGCAUCUCAGAAUGCAGUUGUGAAGUCUCCUGGCCAGGGCCUGCGGUUAGGACUUUCCCGUCGUGCCCGAGUCAAACCCCUGCACCCUAAUACCGCUGCUCACUAAACACACUUGUUUUAUAGACACAAUGUAAUUGUUAACUGUGCAGCAGUCUUAUCGAGGGGAUGCUUGGUAUUUUCCCCUCUCAAAGAGAAUUUCUAGAAAGUCCAUAUUAAGAUUAUUUUUAAAGCUCUUUCAUUCUUUAUUCUAUUUGUUACUUCUUUCUCACUUUUUGUUGUAAGAUUUUUAAAUGUGGUGUAUUUAUGUAUUUUAGCCUUUUAAAUAUGCACAAUGAUAAACAUUAAAG